UUCUAUUAAUCGUGUUCUAUCUUUAUAUAGAGUUAAUUUGAUUCAGAUAAAAUAAUGUCUUGACGAACAGUCAAAGGAUUACUUUUAUUUUAUUUUUUGGACACGUUUGUCACUGGAACACAAAAAAUGCGACUUUUGUUUGGGAUAGGGGUAACAUUAUUACUGGCUGUUACAGUCAACUGCCAGAAUGUAACGACACAGCCUACUGCGACUCCAGCAACGACCACUACGAGAACUUCAGCAAACGUCACUAUUAAAGUUACGACACCUGCUCCUCCUCCAGCGAACACGACUACCGUGUUGACAACAGUAGCACCGACAGCAGCUGUAUUUGACAACUCUACCAACAUCAUCAGUUUAACAACCACAGUUUCUACAAACGAAAAGACGUCUUCUAUACUGCAAAAUACAACUACGUCUAAUCCAGCUACUUUUUCUACGACUUUAACUGAAAAAGCAACAACAAUAACGGCAUCAACAGUAAGUCAGACUUCAAAACUUACUACUACAAAAGCGAGUGAAUUGGACAUUACAUCCGUUGCUUCAAAUUCUUCCAUUACAAAAGCAACAGAGUUCGAAGUUAUCACUGAUUCACAGACGGUUGCAAAUACUACAAAAAUCCCGAUUACCACACAGACUGUAACAACUCAUCAGUAUGAAACAACAGCAGAGUCUGGUUCCGGGGUGGAGACAACCUCUGCGGAGAUUCCAACACAGCCAGAAUCAACAACCGCGGAAUCUACCACUCGAAUUCCUCUGGAUACGUCUCAACCAUCCACAUCACAACCUGAAACCACGGGGGCCGUCGUCACUUCAGAAGAAUCAACAACUGCAGAAAGCCAGUCCACUGGGUCAUCACCAACUACUUCAUCUUCCAAGCCACCGGAUACGACUAAAUCCACAACUUCUUCCUCGACCCCUAGCGCUGGCUCAUCUAAUAUUGCGUUGCCAAUAUCUCUAACAAUUCUCGCUUUGGUGUUAAUAAUAUUCAUCGUGGUAUUGUACUUCUAUUGUACUGGGAAGAAUCUUCCCUGCUUUGGGAAAAAUAGCGGAGAACACGAAAUUAUUGAGAUGCCACCAAGAAAACCAAGUAAUGCUGCAAAGUUUGCUGUCGGACAUAUGUCAAUUAACAGGGAAGAGUUUGAAGUCCAAUUCAAGAGAAAAAUUGCGGAUGAUGGCAGAGGAUAUCGUGAGGAAUUCAAGGCAGUUCAAACAGAAAGCAGUACGAUGUCUGCAGCCCGGGAUCCGGUAAAUGCUCCUAAAAAUCGUUAUGACAAUGUUUUGCCAUGGGAUUCGUCACGAGUUGUCUUGUCUAUUCCAGCAUCCGGAUCUCCCAGUGAUGAUUACAUUAAUGCAAAUUAUGUUCCGGGAUAUCUUCAAGAUAAGAAGUUUAUAGCGUGCCAAGGUCCAAAAGACACAACUUGUGCGGAUUUCUGGAGAAUGGUUUGGGAUCAAAAAUGUGCUACUAUCGUUAUGGUUACAAACUUAGUUGAGGCAAAGAAACCAAAAUGUCAUCAAUAUUGGCCCGGAGAUGACAUGAGCGAAGGAGAAACCGCAAAGUUUGGCGAUUACGUAGUUACACUUACUGACGUCAAGAUCAGAAAUUUUUUCGUUACCAGGACGCUGAAACUUCAACACGGCGACGAAUCUCCACGUAUUUUACGUCAGCUUCACUACACAGCAUGGCCUGACUUUGGGGUUCCGAAGAAUCCUCACGAACUACUUCUGUUCAGACGUAGAAUCAUUGCAGCAAAUCCUCCACACUCAGGACCAAUUGUCGUCCAUUGCAGUGCAGGUGUAGGACGUACUGGAACAUACAUAUUGAUAGAUGCUUCCAUGGAAGAACUAAGGGCUGAAGGGAAAGUCGACUUGUUCUCGUUUCUCACUAAAAUGAGGAAAUCAAGAAUGAUGCUUGUGCAAACAGACGCACAAUACACUUUUGCUCAUGCAGCGUUACUGGAGCACAUAAAGUAUGGAGACACGGAAGUAUCAGUGAAAAAGUUCAGAGCACAAGUGCAGUCACUAAGAGAGCAAGUCGAGGGAGCAGAUGAAACUCUUUUGGAUCAACAAUUCUCAACAAUGUUGAAAGUGCAAAUGAAUAAAGAUAACAUGAAACAUGGUCGCCAAAGUAUUAAGAAAAAUAGAGUGUUGCAGAUCAUACCAUAUGAUGACAACAGAGUUACUCUUCCUUUGAAACCAGGACAAGAGAAAUCAGAUUAUAUAAACGCUUCAUUUAUUGAUGGAUUUAAAGACAGAAGAUCGUUCAUUGCUACGCAGGGUCCUUUGAAUGAAACAUGCUCAGAUUUCUGGAUGAUGGCUUGGGUUUACAAUUGCCAGAAUAUUGUAAUGCUAACAGGUCUAAUGGAAAAGGGGCAUGAAAUGUGUACUCAGUAUUGGCCUUCUGAAGUCGAUGGUGAAAAAACAUUUGGUGAUAUCACUGUAAAAUAUGUUAGUAAAGAUGAUGAUGAUGUUGUGGAUUACGUCGUGAGAGAAUUUAUAAUUACCAACAGCGCGGCUCCAGACGAAGAGGAGAGAAAAAUACGACAAUUCCAUUACAGCGGAUGGCCAGAAGUUGGAUUGCCAUCUGAUGCUCACGGAAUGAUAGAAAUUGCUAACAGGUUAAAUUCGAAAGAUAAAGAUGGAUUUCCCCGACCAUCAAUUGUGCAUUGCAGUAGUGGAGGUGGAAGAACAGGAGUGUUCAUUACGCUUAACAUACUGAUGGAACAAGCAGACAACGAAGGACUAGUUGAUGUUUUCCAAGUUGUUAAAAGCUUACGUGCUCAAAGACCUCAUAUUAUUCAAACUCAAGAACAGUUUUAUUUCUGCUAUGUAGCUCUGCUGCAAUAUUUGGAGACCAAUCAGCUGGCGGAAGAUAGCACAACACUGACUAGUAAUCUGAAUUCAUCAAUUGGAAAUCGUUCUCAAUCGGUGGCACCAUCUAACGGAGGCAUACCAAUUACACAAUUUCUCGGAGUAGAGAACACAACCCCACAAGGAUCAAUGAAUAAUAAACUAGAUAUGAACAGCAUAAGUGAUCAGGAUCUCGUAUCCCAAGAUAUAAAGCCCCCCAGUCCGAUAAAUGAGCUGCCACCCCCUCCACCGCCAGAAUCACCGUCACCUCCCCCACCACCCGAACCACCGUCACCAACCAUAGAAGCGACCCCCGAAAUAGGGUCACCGGAAAGUCAUGGAGCCGAUUCAAAUCAAGCAUUAUUAAAUGAUGCCACAAAUUCCGACGAAAAUACAACUUCAAACGCUUCAAGUCAAAGCGAAUUUGAAAUCGUCAACGAAACUAAUCAAGACAAUGCCGUCAAGGUUUGAGUAAGUUCUAUAUGAGAGUAGUUUUGCAGAGUUUCAACAAACUGGUGAAUCGUCUGUUUCGUUAUUGCAGCUUUAAAAUGUUAGAGUGGACACUCAAACACUUAAAUACUUUUGUAUCACACGGUUGCAAAAGGGAGAGAACGAAUCCCACUGAAUAAAGAAACCUAUCAACCGCUUUUUCAUCUUCUACGAGAAGAUUAAACUGUAUCCAUUCAUUCUAUACAGUGUACCCAUUUGGGGACAACAGGUCCAUACUUUUAGCGGUGAGAGAUUUUCUAUCUCGAAUAUCGAAAAAAGGUAUUAACAUGCAUAUUACAUUUAGUAGUAAAGAAUGUAAUUGUUUUGAAACUAAAUUAUUCAUUAUAUAUAAAUAUAUUGGGACAAUCUUAAGCUAUUUCAACACAAUACCCCCUGCUCUUAACAAUCAACUUUUUUGUUAUAUUUUAUCAUGCUAUAGCUUAAAUACUUGAUAACUUUUUCUAAUAUAUAACGUUGCUGAGAUUACUUUAAUAAAAAUUAUUGUUAAGCGUUUAAGCACCUUACACAAAAAUAUCAAAUUACGCUAUACAGAUUGAUUUUCCACUGUGUUUGAAAUUGUAUUUGGCACAUCGAUUAUUUAACCCGGAAAAUGAAAAGAUAUGCCAGCGUUUAAAUUGUCAUAUCAAACUCAUAGAAUCCUCUUAAAGAAGCAGAUGGCAAUGCGGCUAUAUAUGGACACAAAGGUAAAAAAUGUUCUCAUAAUUAUGUCUUGAAAAGUUAUCCAAUUAAUUAAAAUAAAACAGAAAAUUUUGUAGUCGAAGUAUUGAGUUUCAUAAGAAAAAUUUCACAAAAAUUUAAAGAUUCCUCUCAUUUUAAAUACUGCAAAUUUGAAAUUAAUUGGCCCAUUUGUCAAGACAGAAAAGCGAUUUUCCUAACAACAACAAGCCUAACAACCUCCUCGAGAACAACAACAAUUAGAUCCACUUCCUGUCCAAUAAAUGAGUAUUUUACGUAUGAGGUUGCGUUCCUUUAUAUUUGCUGUAUACUACUUCACUUUUUGGCUACUAUGAAUAAAAAUUUCAGCAUUUCUGUCAUUUUUUUAUGUUUCUAUGCAAAUUAGGUAACAUUUUCGUGCCUUUUUAGCUGGUUUAUUGUUCUUGCUAUGUAACGAAAAAUUUUAAUCACUAAUAUUAUUUUUGUUUAAUUUCCGAUAUUAUUAACAUUAAUAUUUUUGUUUACCUUUUUGAGAAUUAAUCGAUGAAGUUAUUGUUGUCACAUUUACAGCGAUCAUGUAUUGAGAAAGUUCAACUUCAUUGAUGGGUGACAAAAACUAUAGUGACAACCUAUGGUUUUUAUUUUCGUAUACUUUAUUUAAAGCACUUCGCAUUUUUUAAUCAUUUUUAUUGUGUGAAAAAAACAUGAAUAAUUGCUUACUGACAAAAUAAUCUUGAAUGUUAUUAUUCAUAACUGCUCUUGUCUGCUAACCCGCCUGGUGGAAAUGGUUCCUCAUACGAAAUGGGGCUCUAAUUGGCUAUGCUAUCUCCAAUUGCAUGAGACAUUGUAGGUGGUAUGUCCCGACAUAAUAUUUGAGAUGAAAAAAUUUGAAUCCUAAUAGAAUAAUUGAUUUCGAACUCAGUCAUUAUGUUUGGAAACAGGGUUAUGGAGUGUUGAAAUUUACUCGGAAACCAUUUAAGAAUUGGAUUCGACUAACAACUUUUCUUGGCAGAUUUUGAUUUCAUUUUACGUAUGAAUGCUUUCUAUAUUUGUUUAUUAGGUUAGUCAAUGCCGUGUCCUUCCAUUUUAUAUCAAAAAUUUUGAUUUCGAUUUUCAUCAUCAAAGGUCUCGAACUCCGAUUCUAUACCCCAGAAAGUUCAAAAUUUUGACUCCGACCAUUACACCGAUUCCAUUCCAGCUCAGACUCUAGUAU